AUGUCUAAUAAUCAACAGGAGGAGUCACGAAAUGACGAUGAUGGGGAAGGGGAAAUGGGAAUGGCAUAUACCACUGACGAAGUUGAUUAUCUCAACCAUUUUAGUAAUAAUAAUCCCACAAUUAACAACGAGAAUAGAAAUUUUGCAACUAAAAAUCCGGUAGAGUAUUUGGAGUUUCUUGCAACACAAGAACCUUAUUCACCUAAAAAUUUAUCUUUAAAUCAAGAUUCAUUUCAUCAACCCUUACAAUUCCAACAAAAAGAACAAAUUAUCGGUAUAAGGGGUGGACCAACAUUAUCGAACGCACAUUAUGUAAUUAAUUAUAAUCCUUAUUUCCCUCCCACGCAUCAAAUUGAUAAAUACAAUAAUCCCUUAUCAUUAUCCCCAUUAGUUCAUCAUAGUGCUGCCCCUUAUCCAGAUCAAUCGGAAUCUUAUCAAAUUGAGAAUGAUGGUGAAACCUCUUCACCGAUUGAUCAUUCUGCCGUUACUCCAUCUCCUCUUGCCUUACCUAGUCUAUUGCUUUCAAGGAAUCGUUCAAGGAUUUCAACUCCAAAGGUAGAGGUCUCCCUAAAUUUACCAAGUGCGUAUACCGCUCAAGUGCAACAAAGUGAUUCUCCAUUACGCUCGGAAUUUAGACAGAGUGAAUUAGGUCUUUAUAAUAAUAAUAUCAAUGUUCAUAAAAUUAGAUUAAGUGAGAUAUUAAAUGAAAAAAGGUUGUCUGAUCAAAAAUUAGUCUCAAUCAUGAAAAACACUUCAUCGCAAAAUUCUAAAAAUGAAUCCGUAGUGAAAUUCGAUUUUCAUAACGCGACUGGUGAUCCUGACGACCCUCUCUUAAAUAAUGAAAAUAUUUCGGGAUUGCAAGAACAACAACAACGACGAUUACCAACUGGAUUAUUAAAUGGAAAUUCAAAUGACAACAAUAAUAUAAUUUAUAAUUCAAAUAAUAUAUCUAAUACUUCACAACAACAACAAUAUUCAAAUGUUCCGCAACCCAUUCCUCCCAUUUCUUCUACUUAUCCGAUUCCUCCCACAUCUCAAAUUACUCCUAUAAAUCAAUUACCUUUAAUUGCUAAUAAGAGUGAUGAUGAUCAAAAUCAUGAUGCAAUCGCAUCGACUGCCAAUAUAGAAGAUAUAGAGAUUAAAAUUUAUAAACCUAAACAAGGAACUAUUUAUAUGCUCAUCAACAUUUUUACGAUUGCUGCCAUUGUAUUUAUUACAUGGAGGUUGGGAGAUUGGGGAGUUGGACAAGCUAAAGAAAUUUACGGAACAUUAAAGGUUUUGGUAAUAUAA